CAUCUGAAACCUCAUCUUUACUGUUCUUAUAUAAAACACACCAUUAGAACCUUGGACCUGUCGAUCUAUUCUUGAUCCGUAGAGUGAAGCUGAAGAUGUUCAUUCCAUCAAAAGAAGUUCUCCUAUUUCUUGUUCAGAAGCACUAUGUGACCUUCAUUCUUGCAGUGCUUUCUAUUGGAGUAAUAUUUUUGGUUCCAAAAUUUGGUUGGAAAACGGUUGCAAUUAGCUACAGAGGUCAUAUCCGUGGUCGGUUGGGUUUACCCUUUAUAGGUGAAACCUUUUCUUUUCUUUCAGCAACUAAUAGCACAAAAGGAUGCUACGAGUUUGUCAGACUCCGACGACAAUGGUAUGGGAAGUGGUUCAAGACAAUGAUUUUUGGAAAGAUCCAUGUAUUUGUGCCAAGCGCAGAGGGUGCAAAAAUGAUUUUUUCAAAUGAUUUUGUAAAGUUCAACAAAGGCUAUGUGAAAUCAAUGGCAGAUUGUGUUGGAAAGAACAGCGUGCUCUGUGUACCACAUGAAAACCACAGAAGGAUAAGGCGCCUUCUAUCAGAUCCUUUCUCCAUGAACUCUUUAUCUCAAUUUGUUCAGAAAUUUGAUAAAAUGCUGUGCCAGAAGUUGAAGAAGCUAAAAGAAGGAGGAAAAAGCUUUGUGGUGCUUGAAUUUGGUAUGAAGAUGACAUUUGAUGCAAUGUGCAGCAUGCUAAUGAGUGUCACUGAGGAUUCAUUGUUACGGAAGAUUGAGAAAGAUUGCACUACUAUUUCAGAUGCAAUGUUAUCCAUUCCAGUCAUGAUUCCAGGCACUAGAUAUUACAAAGGCAUCAAGGCACGCAGACGUCUUAUGGAAACCUUUAAGGACAUGAUUGACAGAAGAAGAAGUGGGAAGGAGUCUCCAGAAGACUUCCUACAGUCCAUGUUAGACAGAGAUUCAUACCCUCCUAAUGAAAAGCUUCAAGACUCGGAGAUUACGGACAACCUAUUGACACUGAUAAUUGCAGGGCAGACAACCACUGCAGCUGCGAUAAUGUGGAGUGUCAAGUUUCUGGACGAGAACAAAGAAGCCCAAGACAGACUCAGAGAGGAACAGUUGGCAAUAGCAAAGUCUAAGCCAGAUGGAGCUUCAGUUACACUUGAAGAUAUCAAAGAUAUGUCCUACUGUUUGAAGGUUGUCAAAGAGACACUGAGGAUGGCCAAUGUCCUUCUCUGGUUUCCUCGCGUUGCACUCAGUGACUGCACUAUACAAGGUUUUAAAAUAAAGAAAGGAUGGCAUGCGAACAUAGAUGCAACUUGCAUACACUAUGAUCCAGAUUUGUAUGCAGACCCUAUGCAGUUCAACCCAGAUAGAUUUGAUGAAAUGCAAAAGCCAUUUGGCUUUAUACCAUUUGGUUCAGGACCCAGAACAUGCUUAGGAAUCAAUAUGGCAAAGGUGACAAUGCUGGUCUUUUUACACCGUUUAAGUAGUGGUUACAGGUGGACAGUCAAUGAUCUGGAUACUAGCUUAGAAAAGAAGGCACACAUUCCUAGACUAAGAAGUGGAUGUCCUAUUACUUUGAAGGCCUUGUGAGGGGGACGAUAAGAAUAUGUUUAUGAGAAAAUUUCAUAAGAAUAUGUUUAUGAGAAAAUUUCAAGCACAACCUGGUAUGCUUGAAAGGUUAAUAAUGGUUUUGUAAGAAUUUUCUGAUUGAAUAGAGGUUAAACUGUAGAAGAAA